AUGUGGGACACAUAUUUACACAAACACCCUAAAUUCACGGUGGACCAUUCGAACGGAGACGUGGCCGCCGAUUCAUAUCACAAAUACAAACAAGAUAUAGUACUGAUCAACUCAAUCAAAGUGGGUUUGUUCGCUCAUCCAAUUUAUUCAGAGGAAGGGGACUAUCCUUCAUUAGUUCGAAAAAGGAUUGAUGAUAUGAGCCGCAAUCAAGGUUUUGCCAGAUCUCGAUUACCAAGUUUUACCCCUGAAGAAGUUGCGAUGGUACGAGGUAGUUCGGAUUUCUUUGGUAUCAAUCACUACACCACAUACUUAAUGUCAAACUCAUCUAUGGAACCUGGUUGGACUGUUCCCUCUGUAGACCAUGACACGGGAGUAAAAAUUGAGCAGAGCAAAGAAUGGCCUAUACCAGGUGCCGAAUGGCUUUCAUGGUUAUAA